AUGAUGGCCGCCCAUCCCGAGCAGGCCCGCCGCUGGAUGCGUUGGGCCUGGGUCUGCGGCAUGGUGUGGUGGGUGUGGACGAUGGGGGUCCUGGUGGUAUGGAUGGCAGCCCCGGUCCUGGCAGUUUCCGAAGUGGAAGGCAGCACACCCGCGAUACCCCCGGCCAAGCUGCUGAUCUACUAUGGGAUUGAGGGUUUCGUUAUGGCGCUGCUGGCGCUGGGAGUCAUGCGCUACUGGAGGCCGCCAGCCGUCCUGUUGACCGUGGGGUUCGUCGUUUCAAGGAUCGUGCUGAUCAUGCUCGGGUUGAUAACGCUGGACAAUUUUCGCGACGCGAUAUGGCUCGCGAUUUAUGGAGGGCUGCUGUUCGCCUUCGUCAGGGGCAUUCAGGGCGCCUACAGCUAUCACUGGUUCACCCGUCCCCCAUUGCCCGAGAGAACAUAG